AUGGCGGACAAAUUUCUGGACGCUGUCAAGGAUCGCAAAUCGUUGUAUAAGCUGAAGGCAGAAUCGCCCAUCCCGGACUCCAAAAUCCAGGAGAUUGUCGAAGUAGCGAUAAUGCAUUCGCCCUCCACAUACAAUGUCCAGUCAGCGCGAGCUGUUAUCCUCUUUGGGGAGCAAUCUGCUAAGCUGUGGGACAUUGCUCUCAAGCACAUGGAACCUGCCCUGGCAGGCUCACCAAUGAAGGACCAUGUGGUUAGCCGCAUCGCUUUGCAUCGGGCAUCCAAAGGCACCGUGCUGUGGUUCGAGGAUCAGAAUGCGCUUGACGCCCUAGGGGAAAAGAGUCCCAUGAUUAAGCCGCUGCUGGAAGAAUGGUCGAACCACUCGAGCGGUAUCCAUCAAUUCGUUGCUUGGGCCGCGCUCGAAGCAGAAGGCCUAGGAGCUAACCUGCAACAUUAUAACUUCCAUCCUGGGUUCGUUGCAGAGGUUGCUUCCACCUUUGAUUUGCCCGACCCUGCGAUCUGGAAGCCAAAGUCUCAGUUGGUAUUCGGUACGCCCACCGGUGACCGAGAGUACCCAAGGGCCUAUGAGCCGUUGGACAAGAGAGUCCUCGUCAAAGCCUGA